AUGCCACAACAGCUGAACGAGUUUGCUUGGGGACUAGCCGAUAGCAGAUACCACUUCUUAUGGGUCAUUAGACCCAAUAUUGUGAAUGGUGGUUCAGAGAUCAUUUCAGGAGAAUUCAUGGAAGAGAUUAAAGAUAGAGGUUUGCUUUCAGGUUGGUGCCUACAAAAACAAGUUAUUCGUCAUCCUUCGAUUGGUGGUUUCUUGACACAUUGUGGAUGGAAUUCUACUCUGGAGAGUAUACGCGAAGGGGUGCCCAUGAUUAGCUGGCCUUUCUUUGCAGAGCAACAGACGAAUUGCCUGUAUGCGUGCACCAAGUGGGGGAUAGGCAUGGAGAUCGAUAGUGAUGUAAAGAGAGAGGAAGUGGAGGGGCUUGUGAGGGAGUUGAUGGGAGGGGAGAAGCGUAAGAGGGAGCAGCAGCGGAAGGGAUCUCCGAGGGCUACUCUGGCAAUAGUAGGGGACUCCGGCAGCAAGAGGAAGGAGAGAGAGGAUAGAGAAAUUAACCAGCAGGUUAGGGCUACAAACAAAUGGGGGUAA